ACAGAUGCAGUCCCUUUUCUACAACAAUUAUAGUCAAUCAGAUUUGGCGUACACUGGGAAUUUAAGAACUGCUGACGUUCACAAAGCCAUCACGUUACAUCCAGUCAAACGAACUCCAUAUAUGUACCGUCUUCACACCUACCUUAUGUCAGUUAAAGGAAUGGAUUACCAACUAAAAAAAAUUCAUCUACACCGUGAAAUACUUAGCAUGAAGCAUAUACUUAAUGAGAAUAUAGAUAGUGUUGGACGAAAGUUUGAUGAACUGACCAACAAACUUGGUUUGAAACCUGGUUUAGUGAAGUACACUCCAGAAAAACAUGAAGACGUGCUUGCUUGGCAGUUCUUGUCGAAAUUCACCUUCAGCGAAAAAACAGACUUGCCACGAAAAUCAAAUAGUAAAUCGUUGAUUUCGGCUAUGGAGGAUAUUAUCUUACAAAUUAUGUUGCUCACAAAUGCAAACUCCAUGAAAGUUGGACGCGUCAUUGAUUUUAAAGAAAUUUUGUAUGGGUACUCAAGAGUUGUACCACACUAUGGCGUUGAUUAUAUUUUAGAUUUACUACUUAUAUAUAAUAAACACAAAGGAAAGACACGUAAGCUCCCUGUACGGAGACACAUUUAUGUACAACAGGCAUUCGGUGAAAUUGAAUUCAUAGACAAUGAUGAAAUUAGUAAAAAAUUUGGCAAGGGGCCAGAGAGUCUUGAUCUAAACUCUCGUAAUAUAUUAUCACCAGUUAAAAGUUUAUAUUAUUUAAACCAAAGAAGACAAGUGAAAGAGGCAAUACAUUUUAUAAUGCCACUUUCUGGUAGAUAUGAAACCUUCCAACGAUUUAUGUCAAAUUUUGAACAAACGUGCCUUCUACCAAGGGAGAAUGUAAAACUACUAGUAGUUUUAUUCAAAGCGCCGGAGAAUGAUCCGUCGUCUGAAAUAGAGCAGUUAAUUGCUAGCUAUCAAGUCCGUUAUCCAUGGACGGAACUGCGAGUUCUGCACGCAAUUGGCGUAUUCUCGCGUGGGUUAGCAUUACAACUUGGUGCUUCACAGUAUUUAAGCAAUGCAUUGAUGUUUUUUGUAGACGUUGAUAUGUAUUUAUCUGAAGGCUUUUUAGGCCGAUGCCGGGAAAAUACACAACUAGGAAAACAAGUAUAUUUUCCUGAGGUUUUUAGCCAGUAUAACCCCAAUGUUGUCUAUGGACAAAACAUGCGGCCAAACAGCCCCCUUGUUAUAGGAAAAGAUGUGGGAUUUUUCCGACACUAUGGGUUCGGUCUUGUUUGCCUCUAUAAUGAAGACCUGAACCGGGUGGGUGGCAUGGAUGCAUCUAUUGUUGGCUGGGGAUUAGAAGAUGUGGACCUUUUCCAAAAAUUUGUUUCUAGCAAUAUAACAAUCUUCCGAGCACCAGAUCCCGGACUAGUGCAUAUUUACCAUUCAGUAGUAUGCGAUGAAAAUAUUGAUCAACGACAGUACCAUAUGUGUCUAGGAUCUAAAGCUGGAACAUAUGCCAGUAAUGCACAGCUUGUUAAAAUACUAGGAAAAUAUAAAGAGGAAGCAAAUGGGAAGCAAUAAUGAGAAAUAUUCCAGAGGUUUGAAGAAGGAAAUGUAGUGCAUUGCUAAUGUGAACAAACCACUGCUAGCCUGUGUAUAUUGCCUGGUGGUUUGAUGAUCUGUCGUCGGUAAAAAUCUUAAUUGAAUGUUCUUCUUUUGAACCAUACUACAGUAGCCAUUGAUGUGAUAUGGUUUCUACUAGAGUAGUAUUGAAAUAAAAUGAUGACAGCCGUACAGCAAACGGCGCCCCGUAAGGCAAUUAUGCGAUGAGUUGAUACUGUGGUAGCUCAAGCUGGCCGUUGAAGAUGGACAGGUUUAGCAGUUGUUGGCUCAUGCUUCAACAUUCAAAGUUCUUCUUUAGAAAUGCCAACAACUGUUGGACAUCAUGGAUCCUGCUCCAGUGUUAGAAUGGAAUGAUGAUCACAGCCAAGUACACUGCAGAUUAGUUGAUGCAUUGGUGCUGUACCAAAAUUAAAUCAUUGAAUUGAGUAUUCUUCAGGCACUGACUACUUUUACACCACUCUUAAACCAAUUCCUGAUUAUGCUUGGAUAUUACCAUAUAUGAAUUGGAUUACAACAAUCGCAUCCAAUUGGAGAAUUGUUUAAAGAGUGAUGUAAUAAUAGGCUUAUUCUUGAAUGGGUUGAUGCUUUGGGGCUAGCAACUCUCGAGAAAUUGAUUGACGAGUGAUAUCCACGAGCAUUUAUUGUUGCUAAGCAGGUACAGCAUACUGUACAGUUUAUCAUUGGUUAUAAAACAACUCCAAUGUUAUAUUACCGGUAUAUUAAUGCUAUGAGUUGGUCUGAAGAAUCUAGUUUACUUUGAUGAUGAUGUAGAGGAAGAGUCCAUGACAUUUCCAAAAAGUUUUUAAAAAUGUAAAAUUAUUUUAAAAUGUUUUAUUGAUAUUUUAAGACAAUUUUUUUAUUGUAGAUACUGAUUACCAUAUUUUUUUGAAUAACUUGUUUGUUUUCUGUGUUUUAAAAAAUAUAAUAUGUUAUUGUGGACAGUUUUUAUUGCAAGCUUUGAUUGUGUUUGCACAAUUUUUUACUCCAUAGUUGAAUUUAAUAUGGAGGUUGUACCUGCACCGCCAUUGGGGUACAAAGGUCUUGUUCAGUUUAUGUCUUUGGGUUGAAAAUAUAUACAGUAGUCAGUAUUUUUAGAACAAUAUUUUAUUAUGGGUGAAACACCAAAGUGCAUUUAAUUCUAAUUGUUAAAGUAUCAGAGGUUGCUUAUUAAUAUUAUAAAAAAUCAUGAAAUGUGUAAUUAUUGUAGUUUUCAUAGAUUGGUUGGUAAAUAGAGAAUGCUACAAGUACUGUAGUUUGGUAUAACAUGUGCAAAAAUUUAAUGUACUGUAUCUUGUAAUUGUUUUGUUUCUGCACACAUGCUGAAGGUUCAUGAUUCUGCCGCUAGACAAUAAUUUAUCUGAUUUUUGUUUCUUUAUGCAGCUGCUAUUCUUAGUAUUAUUUUCCUUCCUCAAAUGCUCAUGGCUGAAAAUAUUUAUGAAAAUGGCUCCUGGAAACAAAAGGAUAUUGAAGUUGGUGCACAAUAUGAUCUCAGAUCUGAAUUAUUUAAUUCCUAAUAGUUGAGAGUAAAAUAAUAGUUUUAUAGUAGGGUAAUACAUUUUAAGAUGUGUUUUAAUGUUUUUAUGCAAUAUUGGAGGGAAAACAAAUAAGCAUACACUUGGAAAUGUAAUAUUUAAAUUUUCUAGACAUAAUUCACUGAAUUGUACAGGUAGUGUUUUAAUUCAAUCAUGUUAGGUUUUAGUUGGCAUACAGUAUGUAUAUUCUGAUAUUCUUAAUUUCUGUGUGAUGUUUUUGUGAUGUGGGGAAUAAUUUUAAUACUUAAAAUCGCACAAGUUUCUGAUCCUCAUGGGUCCAACUUAAUUACAUAAUUCUUUGAAAAAUAAUCAUAGUAUUAUAAUAUACUAUUAUUUAUUCCUUAAAUUUGUUGUCUGUAGUAAUGAUACUGUAAUACAAUUGUUGUUAUUGUGGGUAACAGUUAAUGUUUCGUAUUUUUAGGAUAAUUCAAAUAGCUACUUUUGCUAAAUUUAUAUUAACAUAUUUUUUGAUAAGUAUACUUCUGCAUUUUUAAGAUAUUUCAAAAAGCUACUGUUGCUAAAUUUAUAUUAACAUAUUUUACAUCAUGGGACUAAAAAAAAUCAGUUUAUAAGGAAAUGUUAUCAUUAAUGAAAACAAUUUUGUGUUUGAAAUUUGUUUCCUAAAAGGGGAACAGCCUUUUGAUAGUCUUCAAUACAUCCGGCAUUAUUUCUAGAAUUCAUUUAUUACAUUGAGAGUUUUUUUAGGAAUUGUAGAUAAGUAUUUAAUAAACCAAUUUAAAUAAAAUUUGGUCUGUGAAGAUGUUAAAUAUCAUAUUGAAAUAUAUUUAAGACUGCUGUUUUCUCAAAAUAUUAUUUAGCAUCUAAAAAUAUAAUGUGUAUGUUUAUAACGCUGCUCACAAACUGAAGCAAUAUUCUGCGUUCCAAUGCUCCAGUGAUCAUGCUUUCAUAAGUUGGGCUGUUCCAGUGUUCAGCACGUUGAUGAUCACUACUUUCCACUUGUGAUUUUGUAGGUGUACUCGUGAAUAUUUACAUCAUAAUUGAGAAUAUGGGCGUGGGACACUACUGUACAUAUGAUUAAACUUCGAACAAGUACAAAAUUGUAAGAAUGAAUUGUUGUAAAGCAAUUUUAUUGUUUAAAAUAAUUUUUUUUUCAAUUUCAGGGAGUUUUUUUUUUUACUAGUAGUGAGUAGGAGGGUACAGUAGUUACAUCAUACGUUUUGAAUUUAUUGCUCAUCUGAAAUGAUUGAUAAUGAGUAGCGUACGUACUGUAGUAACAAAAUUGCGUGAUUACAGUUGUUCACAGGUUGUUUUCACAGUUAUCACGGGUGCAUUGGAACGCAUCAAAGUUAUCACAUCACUUGCUACUAGGAUUUAUGUUUGUGCUGCAGCUGUAUAUUGCUACACACAACUAAUAUGGAGAUUUUAGAAUGUUUUAGCGUUGAAUGAUGGUUUGUGUGUAACGUACGUACUGCGGCAGCCGUACGUUAAGCAACCGCGGUACACUACACCCACCCACCAACACAUUCAAUUGCUACUCCAUCCUACCAUGUAUUACUCUCAGUAGGUACUCCUGUGUGGGUAAAAUGCAUGCAUUAAGCAAGGGCACAGGUAAUUAUUUAAUCAUGUUUUGACUGCAUGACCUAAUGAAUAGUCAUGAUUGCUGAUAACAUACCUUGAGAGAAGAUGAACUGUUAGUGAACAUUCCUUGUUAAUAAAAAGACCAGUCAACAUAUUCAUCAGUGUAACAAUAACAAGAUUUAGUUUAGGAAUGGUAUGGAAUAUUUGGAUAAUCCUUUCAAUGAGAACAUUACUAGAUUAAAUAGGAAAGGUACUCCAGUGAGAUUAAAAAGUCUAUUAGUGUGUCGUCACAGUCUCUCAAAGCACAUUAAUGUUAAAGUAGUCAAAAUUAACUAAAUGAAUAAAUAUGUUGUAUUAAUUUAAAUUUGGUUAGAAAAAAUAUGAAAUGGAGAGCACUAUUAUUCUAAAAAUGUAUAUAUAUCUACUUAAAGUUAUUCUCGCCAAUAAGGACAAUCAAUUAAUUAUUUUUUUAAAGGAUAUUUAUAAAAAUAUAAGCUGUCAUUGUGAGAAUAGAUACUUGCAUUUGAGAUAUAUUUUACUUUAAUUUGCAACUAUAAUUUCUGUAUUUUUAAUUAAAAUCACAGUUUUAUACAGUAUACUUUUAAAUUUUGUUGUACAAAGUUAUCAAUUAUUGAAUAUUAACUACUUUAUGGUGAUAGUACAAAAUAUAGGGAUUUCAGAUUUCAAUCAAAAUAUGUGCUCAUAAUUAUUUUCUUCAAUUUACAUGUUUAAUUAAUCUAUUAUGUUGUUUUUUUAUGUGUAAUUCAAUUUGGACAAAAAAAAAUAUUUACUGAUCUUGUAUUGAGUAGAAUAUAUUA